UGUUUUGUGAGGGCGGCCGCAAGCGGCGCCGCGCUAGGAUACAAAAUAUGGAAAGUCCAGAAAGAAAAAGACAGAAAGUUUUAAAGGCCAAAAAAACAAUGCCUGCAAGUUGCCGGAAGCAGUUGGAGAUCCUGAACAUGUCAAAGAAUCUUGAAGCUUCAAAAUCAACAGUUGGAACUGUUGAAAAUGGCCAUAAUCAAAAGAAGAUGUUUUCAGAAAACAAAGAAAAUGUUAAGCUCAUGAAAGCUUCAGAUCAAAUUAAAGAAAAUGGUUGUGUAGCUCUGGAAAGGCAUACAGCACUACUAGAACAGGUUAAACAUUGGAUUCGACAGGAAAUCUACAUGAUAAAUUGUAACCUAUUUGAUAAAAAACUGAAUGAACUUAAUGAACGCAUUGGGAAGACCCAGUGCAAGCAUAAGCAUGAAGCAAUAGCUGGUGAGCUCUUUGUGAAAAUCAGAAGGCUUCAAAGACGUAUUAAAAAAGUAUUAUCAUCUCAAGAAAAUUGUUUGGAACCAAACACAUUACCCAAUAAUACAGUCUGUAAGAUUACAGAUUCAGAGACCAUGAAUGGGAGCGUGACCCAAGGGUCAGUUAAAAGCCUAAGUAAAAGAACACCUUCUGUGAACCCUGAUCCUUGUAACUCUUCAGAAAAAGCAACUAGAAGGGUUAAUUUAUCUUCAGCUUGUGUCCAGUUUGUUUCUGAAAGUAACACUGAUGAUGUUAUGUUAAUUUCUGUGGAAAAACCCAAUUUGGCAACUCCAAUUACAUCAGUUUCAACAGAAUUUGGAAAAAACAGAUCAAAGAAAUUGAGCAACUCAUCUAAUACCAUAAUUGAAGUUGGGGCUGAAGAGAAGAAACCUGAUUUUGUUAUUGACUUGACAAGAGAUGGCCUGUCUAGCAACAGCAUAGAAAGCCCAGCAUUCACCCUGAAGUCAUCUUCGAAAGCUGUUUUAAGAUCAAACGAAAUAAUCCCAGUGGCAGAAAAUGGAGAUGAGGGUUUUGAUUCAUUUGAACACCUGCCACCUCUCCCAGAGCCGUCACCACCACUCUCUGAGAUGGCAGACAAAAUCCAAGACACUCUUCCUCCCCAAAAGCCUGAGCUGAGAGUGAAGUGGGUGUUGAAGCCCCCAGGCAUUGCCCUGGCAUGGAACGUCCCCAAGGUCAACCCCAAGUGUGCUCCUGUGGAGAGCUACCACCUCUUCCUGUGCUACGAGAACUCCAAUCAUUUGACUUGGAGGAAAAUUGCAGAAAUUCAAGCUUUACCGCUCCCAAUGGCCUGCACUGUAUCUCAGUUUUUAGCUUCCAACAGAUACUAUUUUACUCUUCAAUCAAAAGACAUUUUUGGGCGAUAUGGACCAUUUUGUAAUAUAAAGUCUCUUCCUGGGCUUUCUGAAAACCUUACCUAAAAAUCCUCAGUAAUUAUAUGUUUUUACAUGUCAUCUUUUCAUAUUUGAAUGCUUUGUUUACAGCGUUUAUCUUAACACUGCACAUUGUAACAUUGUACAGUUCCAUUUGUGAACCUUUUGUAUGGGAGCAGUCUUACAUGUAGUGUAGUGUGUCUUGUAUGGGAGCAGUCUUACAUGUAAUGUAGUGUGUCUUGUAUGGGAGCAGUCUUACAUGUAGUGUAGUGUGUCUUGGAAUUUGGUGUAUUUCUAAUUUACAUUCAGUAUGUGCUUCUGUAAUCUGUGUUCUCACACAUACCUUAUCGUGGACCCGUGUUGCCACUGUAUGUUACUCUGGGGGCUAGGGAGUUGCUGCUGUGUCAGAAGCUCUCAUGUACAAGCAGCCAC